GCGUGGAGUUGUGCAUGUUGUUUACGUGAGUUUUCUCCAGGUACUCCGGCUUCCUCCCACAGUCAAAAACAUGCUGAGAUUAAUUGGUGAUUCUAAUUGUCCAUAGGUGUGAAUGUGAGUGUGAUUGUUUGUCUGUAUAUCUAGCCCUGUGAUAGACUGGCGGCCUGUGGUGUAUAGAUAAUGGAUGGACAGAUUUCGUUGCAGUCAUUUUUCUUCCAGUGGUGCUAUCUUAACUGGCUCUUUCAACCAAAGUCGAGGGGUUAAAAAAAGGGAUAUCUGAUGUCCUUUGUUGAAUCUAUUGUAAUUUGAAUAAAUUUUGCAUUUGUGGGCAGCUGUGGUUCAGGAGGCAGAGGAGAUCAGGACUUCCCUCAAUGCAGGUUAAUUACAGAUCAUGUUGAUUCCAGGCUUUGUGUAGGACCUGGAACUUAGUUCUAUAGUUCCCCUCACUAUAAGCCUCUGGGAUUAGAGGCCCUAGACAACAACAGUCCAAUAAAUAUUGUUUCAUCUGUGCAGUGGCCAGAGGAUGUGUUUCACAGUCAUAGUAGUGUGACCUUGGAGUCACAGUUUAUGCUGAUGAUGUUUCUUUAAUAGUAAAUCUACUAAAUAAUUUUAGAUAAUUUCAUGGCAAAACAUGUUAAGAUGAGCGACUUUAUAUAACACACUAUGUAAUGAAUCAAAAAAAUUCUACUGUGGAAUUUUAAAGGCAGUUGAAAAGACAUAUGUCUGUAAGUUAUUAUACAGUACAUAUACAGGUUCCUGUAUAAUGCAAUUAUCAUAGCAUCUAUACACUAAAACAAGGUGCAAGACAGUGAGAGGGCUGGAAGGAAAAAGAAGCAAGAAAGUGUUCUGUCUGUAUCAACUCCUGGUCUUUGUGUCGUCUCCAUCCAACAGCAUGGGGGCCACAGAAAUUCAAAAAAUGUGCUGAUUUUAAAUGAGGCAAGUCCUUUGGGUAAAAUAUAAUGUCAAUGGAAAAUUGUUGUUUUGACUGUUGAGUGUCUCUGAUAUAAAAAUGAGUUUGAAAUACAUUUCUGUCCCGCUCUGAAUUUCUCCUGCAGAAUUCUGUUGUCUGGCUGGCUGGCUUAUGGGAGGCAUCAUCGAACAGUGUUCACGCUUUAACCAUGAGCAUUUUAAGGCACUUACCAAAAACACAGUGGAAGUGCUUGUGUGUAUUGUCUCGCAUGGCUAGACCAUUAUCUGGCACUAAUGCAUCUCUGUGUAGAAUAAUCUGGUUACACCUCAUCAUCUCUCUGCUGUAGGAAAGAAGGAAGGAAAAAAAGCUCUGACUUGUCUGUGUUUAUUUAAACCAAUCACAAUCAUCUUGGGCAGUGCUAAGAACAGCAUGCUCCUUAGUGUUCACUUGGAAAAUGGCUUGAUGGUACCUUUGCAUGGCAAAGAACAAGCAGUCCUGCGUUACUGCAUGAUCCAAAUCUUAAAAUUCAGUAAGGCGGUUGUUUGCUGUAGUGAAAUACACUUUAAAAAAGGCAGCACAUAGAUAAUGAGGCGGAUGGGCAAAGUGUAACAAACUGCAACAAGAUGAAAACAGACAAUACUGGGUACUUUUACUAUUUGAUUUGUUGCUCUUUAUCUGUUCCCUGUGAACCACACUGAACGGCCGCUAAUUAUUCCCGGUGUCUUCCUGAGCUGCUCCUCUGACUGGAUCAUCUGUGGAGGCAGGACAGCUCUACCCCUGUGUUGAAAUUCACAUCCAUCCAGGGCGGACUGUACUCAGGUGUUUCAAGCUGACCCCAAACUGGUCCACAGUGUUUACAGCCUGAGUUCCUGCAUGUUGCAGCUGGUAUGUUGCUGGCGUCUCUGCUGUUUGCCGCAAGGACAGACUGUGUUUCAUUGGGGGCAGUGAAGGACAAGCGACUGUCUACAAGCUCAAGAACCUCAAUGUGGAAGAAGACAUUGUGGAGGUGGAGCAGCAGGGAACAGACCGGAGAGCGACGGACGCGGUUUUUUCUUUCAGUUCCCGGACGGAGAAAAGCCGUGAACUUACUGUAAAGUUUGUACUCAGCUGCAGAAAGUAGAUGUGACACAGUUAGUGCAGUCCGAUGGUGCUGCAGGAAGAUUUCCUCAUGAUUCAAGUGUCGAUCCCAUCGAUGGAGAAGGAAGUGGAUGAGUCGGGAAAGUCCAGAAAGCUUUUCAGAGUUGAAGUCUUGUUUAAUGAGAGGAAACACUAUGUGCUCAGAAGAAACAGUGAGUUCCAGACUCUCCACAGAAAACUCAGGAAGAUCAUCCAGGCUCCGGAUUUCCCGAGCAAAAGGAAUCCCCAUCUGAGGACCAAACCUCUGGAGCAGAGGAGGCAGGAGCUGGAGGAUUACAUCCAGGAGAUCAUCUAUCAAAAUGAAGACGUGCCACAGGUGCUGCUGGACUUCCUCCAUGUGAAACAUUUCCAUACAGGCCAUAAGAUGAGCAGCACGGAGUCGCUUGAUGAAUUGGACAGUCAGGAUUACAAUUUUCAGUUACCACAUCAGCGGGUAGUGGGAUUCUUUCAGGAUCCUUAUAUCUCCAAAUGCACAUCAGGUCUCCCAGAUGUCGUUGUGGACGGAGUACUUCAGGGAUUUUACCCCCGGGAUGUCCGGGUCAGCUUCACCUCCUCCACACUCCCUGAGCCAAACUCCACCACUUCUAUAGAGGCCUGAACACAGACAGUAGAGUCAAAUACACAAAACUAUGAGUGAAAAAGCCAUCUGCACACAACAAGCUAACAUAACAGAACAGUUUCUGUAUGGCUGAUCCCGGUGGGAUUGAAACCAUCAUGCAGUCUAUAUUGAUGCAGUGAUUUUACUUAGUGUCAGACUCGCAUACUGUGUGUCAGUGUUUUAUAGCCAUGAAGAUGUCAAAUCGAUUUUAAUCAGGAUUAUUGGCAUUAUUAUGCUGCCGAAGCAAAUGUGAACCCAGUAAAAUACAUAUUUAAUGUGUGCCAUUUGUUUUAGUGACAUUGUAGGUAAGUAGAUGUGAAUAUUAUUUUAAAAUAAAGGACUACUGACAAUAUUUCUACUUGAAAAUUAGAGGAAGAGACAGUUUUUAAGAUGUUUUAGUUUACAGUUUUGUUCUUUUUGUCAAAGUAACUGUUUGACCUGUUUGAGUGUGGGAACACAGUUUCAAACAUACUCACUGGAAAGUGAUGUAAAUAUUUUUCAAAGAUUUUGUAGCGCUUUUUAAUGUAACCAAAUGUUUUGGUCGUGCAUGUGUUUUUAUAUCAUGCUCUUUAUAUUGAAAGUGGAAUAAAGACUCGAACAGGACUCAACAUGUGGGAAUUUUCUAAAUGAACCUGAGUCAUAGAACAUGAAGAGCCACAUUUCUCUGUUUGAGAAGCUAUAGCUAUAAGGUGUCACUUGACCUUUUAACUGCUGUAUUUAGGUCACUGAUUAGGCAGCCGAGUUGUUAAAUCAUUUCUAUCUGCAGUGAGGCCUAAGUUCCCCCAGUCGAUGAAAAGAUUUAACUGUUCUCACAAGCAUUAGAAGGGUUUUAUAUUGUCUAUUUAGCUUUAUCAACCAAAAGGAAAGGAUGGAUUGACUGUGUGCCAUAUAAGUUGAAGUGUCUGUUGUACUGUUAUAUGUUUUGAGACAGGGUAAAUAUUUUUUUCAAAAACAGUUGAUAGUAAAUGAUUGAAGUGUUGCUACUGUUGAAGAAAUUUCAGUUUUAGCCCUUUGAAGUUUGCUGUAGUGGGGUGUUGUUUUCCGGUAUACUGUGGACACAGUCUGCAAAGCCAGCCAAGAAGGACAGACUUUAUAGGGAUGGUCAAAGAGUGGGCCAUAGGGCACGUUGUUUGCGUAUAGUUGCUGAUUAAUGACAGAGGGAAAGCAAACAAAGAACAAAACAUGAGGGUUCUGGUAGACAACAAAUGUAAGAGGCGGAAGUCUGUCAGACAGUAGAAAAUAGCAAAAGGUUUAAGAAUUGUGAAUAACAGUAGGUAAUGGAAUGAAGAAGUGACACUAGGAGGUAUCUGUAGCAAAAGAUGUGCUAUUUCUUCAUCACUACACACAGUAUGCAGGUUCAGAAGGUGUCUUCAUUUUUUCAGGUUUCUCCACAGCAGUCACGCCUCGCCUCAGCCUGGAGCAAAAGAGUCGACAAGUAGCAACAAGUAGGUCAGAUGGAACAUGACUGCAUACUUGUCUUGAGAAAAAAGUGGUUUAUUUUUCAGUAUGUUGUUUGACUGUGGCUCUAACUGACCUCUUGUUGAUUUCAAGACUUGGCUGGAUCUGUCCACUGAGGAGUACAUUUUGUCGACUCUGUGCGAGGCAGUUGAAAGUGUUUUAACAUUUGUAUCUCUGCUACAGCCUUUCCGUUAAAUAUGUACCUCCAAUCUCUAAACCUACACACUGCACACAGAAGUGGAUCACUAUAGGGGUGACCGCUGUAGUACGUCCUAUUCAUGCUUUCCACAUUAGCAAGCAGGUGAUGGUCUGUGUGACAAAAUUUAUCUCCCCCAAGUCUGUAAGAGUCUGUGUGUACUCCUCCACAAACAUCCACGUGCUGUCUAAAUUUCAAUGCUACAAGUUGCAAUAGUGCACAUGCUUGGCAGUAGUGAGGAUGCGCAAAAAAACAAAGAUGCAACUUACUACUCAUGUAUGGAAUAGAGAAUAAUAAAACGCUGCGGCUCCACAUAGUGCAGAGUACCUCAGUCAGUUCAGUCUUGUGGAAAUCUCUGUGAUCUCUUAUGUUUGUGAGACUCUUCUUUUUCUAUGGUCCAGAAUUUGCUUCAAGUAUGGGGAAAAAAAUCAUCUUUAGGUGGAUUUUGUAGAGACUACACUGUCCACCAUGAGGCUGGAAAAAUGAAUUAGCUAAGAAACAUUCCAAUUAGCUGCUUAACUGUGCUAACAUUAGAACUGUGUAGAUACAUGAUAAAAAUAAACUAGUUACCACAGCUAGCUGUGUUAUUCAUGCAUAGCCAUUCAUACAUCUUUUAACUAAAUAUAUCUAUAAUAUAUGGCAGGACAACCUCUUCACUGAUUUUAUUCCAUACAUCAUUGGUCCCAUUUUUGUCAGUCAUGCCCCAUGCGUGUAUUCCAUAAAACUGAACUGUAAAAACUGAUAAAAAUGAGCCUAUCUUCCAUGGUUGCAAUGAAUUAACUGCAAAUAAAUGGCUUUCCUUUG